AUGGGGGUCGGUGGGUGCUUGGCCCUGCCCUGGAGGUGCCUGGUCGUCCUCUGUCUCAGGCUGCUCUUCCUUGUGCCCGCAGGAGUGCCCGUGCGCAGCGGAGAUGCCACCUUCCCCAAAGCCAUGGACAACGUGACAGUGCGGCAAGGGGAGAGCGCCACGCUCAGGUGUACUGUGGAUGACCGGGUCACGCGGGUAGCGUGGCUGAACCGCAGCACCAUCCUGUAUGCCGGCAAUGACAAGUGGUCUAUAGACAACCGCGUGGUCAUCCUGUCCAACACCAAGACCCAGUACAGCAUCAAGAUACACAACGUGGACAUAUAUGAUGAGGGGCCCUACACCUGCUCUGUGCAGACAGACAAUCACCCCAAGACUUCACGCGUCCACCUCAUCGUGCAAGUGCCCCCCCAGAUUGUCAACAUCUCGUCGGACAUCACCGUGAACGAGGGCAGCAGCGUGACCCUCAUGUGCCUGGCCUUUGGGAGACCGGAGCCCACCGUCACAUGGCGGCACCUCUCUGGGAAAGGGCAGACCUUUGUGAGUGAGGACGAGUACCUGGAGAUCACAGGCAUCACACGGGAGCAGUCCGGGGAGUACGAAUGCAGCGCUGUCAAUGAUGUGGCUGUCCCGGACGUGCGGAAAGUCAAAGUUACCGUCAACUACCCGCCGUACAUCUCCAAUGCCAAGAACACGGGUGCCUCGGUGGGCCAGAAGGGCAUCCUGCAGUGCGAGGCUUCGGCCGUCCCCGUGGCAGAAUUUCAGUGGUUCAAGGAGGACACCAGGUUAGCGAACGGGCUGGAGGGUGUGCGGAUUGAGAGCAAGGGCCGCCUGUCCACGCUGACCUUCUUCAAUGUCUCGGAGAAGGACUAUGGCAACUACACGUGUGUGGCCAUGAACAAGCUGGGAAACACCAAUGCCAGCAUCAUCCUCUAUGGGCCUGGAGCGGUGCACGACGGCGGCAAUGCGGCGUCCCGGGUGGCUGCUGGCCUCUGCCUCUGGGCCACCCUCCUUGCUCGCCUCCUCCUCGACUUUUGA